AUGUCCAAAUUGGAACAGGUGAUUGUUCUUCCGUGUUUUUGAAAUGACAAUUAUUUAAGUCAUGCAUGCCAUUCUACAAGUUAUAACUAUAUGAAAUGUUAUUUAAGGUGGCUCCCUAGGGUUUUUUAAUUUACUACACUAUAGUAUUCAGGAGGCUCCUGUUUCUUUACUUUACAUGACAUGAAAACGAAAUUUAUUGGACACAUUGACAAUGUUCUCCUGAACAUUGCAAAUUGCUACUUUUGUGUUAAAAAUAUGUUGCCAUGGCAACAGCAUGCUUAGAAUAAAGCUCAAAAUUUGUCUUUUUCAGGUCAUUUUAAAAAGUUCCUUCGGUGAAAUUUUUUAAAACUUUGCACAAAAGAUAAUACUUGUAUAAUGAUUUUUUCCCCUCAAUUUAAAAAAAUUAAAUCGAUACGUUUCUUAGAAAAUUUAAAAAACGUCAAAAAUCAAUAUUAAACAUUUUCCCUUCGAUUUAAUUUUACGAAAAAAGGAUAUUGCACUUGUUGUACCGAUAUUAAAAAAUGUGCAAAGUUUUAAAAAAUUUUACCGAAGGAAAACGGAGAAAUUUGGGUUUAAUUUUGGCAAUUUUUACUAGAUUUUUACGCGAACAAUUUAAUACCCCAACUGACGUGUACAUGCAUUCUGCAUAAAACAACAAAGCAUGACUUUUUUGAAAUCACAAAAUAUAAAUUAUGUUCGAUAUACUGUUUAUAACUGUGUCGGUUAAUGGUCAACUAAGCGUGGAUUAUACAUGUAAAAAUGGCAAAGAUAUUAGGUAAUUACUGGUUAUGACUUCUUGCUAUUAAUUUGAAAAAUAAUUGUUAAAAUUCGUCCCGUGCGAGUUAGUACUAUCGUCGGAGGUUUUCGCAAAAUGCCCGUUUAAAUUUCAGUUUUUAUAGCGGUGCGUUUGGAGUUUCGGCCCUGCUCAUUUCACCCGUAGAGGGCUCAUUAUUUAAGUCAUCUUUAUUGUCAUAAGUGCUGCUAGAUUGUGGAGAAAACACUGCAAAUUCUUGAGGAAACUUUAUAUCAUAUCCCAAUGUUCGCGAUCGAACCUCGCGUACGGCGGUUCAAAAAACAUCCAGAAUACCGCUUGAAAAAAAAACAAGUUUACAUUAUCUUCUUUUGAAACAUCACAUCCAAGUAUCGUUUUGGCUUUUAGAACUCUUUUAUGCUUUCAACUAAAGCAAAGUUCACACUUUUGUUUCAAAAAAGAGUUCCAUAUAAAACACAACGUUCGUUCGUAUUUUGAAGUCACACGAGUUUUAGUUUACAUGUAUACGAAGAACGUAACCCCCGGAAAUAAAACACUAGGGAGCCACCUUAAGACAACUUGGUUAAUUAUACCAUUGCUUAAAACAUGCAUGCAUAUAUAGGAAUAGGUGUACCACCACAUAUUUACACUUCGCGCAAUAUUCAUUCCGUUAUGUAGAAAUGCCAGUGAGAAUCUAACCGAAUGUAGAGCAAAGAAUCUAUAUAAGCUAAUCCUAACAUUCUUUUGUUAUUAAUGAAUGUGGUCAACGACUUUAAUCUUUUAAUACUAAUUUUAGUUAAAAACAUGGAUAAACAGAGGGCAAUGUUUUUCAAACAAGACCUUCAUUGGAAGUGAUUGUUAAUAUUAACCAUUUCCGCCCGGUAUAAAAACCCUAUACCACAACAGUAUACUUACAGUAUAUGCUGCUCUUUGUCGUCGUUGAGCUUCAUCUUGUUUAUAUUUGUUAUAUUCUCGUAGGAAGUGAAAGCAUUAAGAGAAGAACUUGCCCAUGACGAGAGUAGAUACUUUUACUUAGAUUCUAUGACAAAGGUAAUUUCGGUGUUUAACUAUAUAUAGAUAUCACAUAUGGAAAUAACUAUUUCUGGAAUAAAAAGGUUUAGAGAUUUCUGUAAAGGCGUAUUAAUAAUAUUUUCUCGGGUUGCUCACUAACCUACAUCCCUCCUCCACCCGAAAAGCUGUACACCCAUCUAGAAAAAAGUAUCAUUAUCCUGUGCAAAAUAAAAUUAUUUAUGAUUUAUAGAGUCUUUGAUGUAAUUUGUGAUGGUAGCAGAAGUAUGUGCCCAAUCCCCCUGUCUUACCCCUUGGAAGAUCUAUUUGCCUAGAUAUGACUUUAAUUUUCGUAUUCUUCUCUAGUUACUUGAAGUACAGGAGAAGCGGAUCGACACAGAAAUGAAAUCGUAUACAUCUUCUGAUCCCAACGAUAAGAAGAAAUCAUACAGGUCCGAUAUUACUGGCUCAUUUUAAGCAAAUAAUCCUUAUGAUUUUGAGGGAGGUUGUGCUCGAAAUAACGUACACUUUCCCAGGAAAUCCAGAAUAAUCCAUUGCAAAUUAAUUUAAAAAUUGUAUUAAUAUAUUCACAACUUUUAGAGAGCAAUACACGAGAAAAAUCCAAGAACAAGAAAAUCUGGGAAAGGUUUGUGAUUAAUACAACGAAAAAUUGAAUGGUUGUUUCAGAUUGAUUUUGAAUCUGAAUUUAAUACUGCACCGACUUAUUGGGUUUUUUUAAGCAGUUUGAUUUUACAGUGUAUAAUCCUUAUGCAUAAUUGAUGUGUAUUAACUUUGGCCGAUGACGUUAACAGAACUAUAGCUUUGCUAUUCUACCAUAUGUUAGGUAGUAUAGGUUAUCUCUCGCUUUAGAUAAUCUAAUCUUUCCUACUUGCUCUAUCAGAUAUACCUGUAUCAUGUAGACAUGUACCGCAGAUACUGAAAGGCAUUUCAAUAAUUUUUCGCCAAAUCCGUAUAUAAAAUAAAAAGAGGUCACAUCUGUCGCACAUAUUAUACUCUUUGUUUGGCUUGAAAGUUGUCUCCUAGCUCAUUAUUGGAUUAGGAAACGUCGUUUUUCCAUAUUAAAAAGAAAGGUCACACUCGAUACUGAGCAUCUCAUUAAUGAGUGUUAAAAUAUUUAGUCGAGAUUUUUGCCCUUCGAUAUUUCUAUAUAAGACAUUUGGCCCUACAAGAAAUACGGUAUAUAGAUGCGAAGAAAUAGAAAUAAAUCCACUAUAAUUAUUUUCCAACUCUUCUACCAUUAUGUUGUGUACAUUUCUAUUAAUUUUACUCAUGUUUGCAGAGUCUAAGAGAAAAACAGAAGAGUGUUCGUGAAAACCAUGGCCCAAGUAUUAAACAAAUGAAGAUGUGGAACGUAAGUAGAG